UCUCGACCUGUCUCAACGGCUACCUUUUGCGCGCUCGCGAGCGAGAGAGAUGGAUCGAGAUCUGCUGAGGUUAAUACACUCCGCGAAACACCCGAGCCACUUCAAGCAGAUCCACGCUCUGGUCAUCACUGCGUUCCCUUCGCUCGCGUCGAUUCUGGUCAGGAGGCUGUCGAGCGUGCCUAUGGUGGACUAUGCCCGGAAAGUGUUUGAUCGAAUUCCCCAACCAGAUGAGAACUCGUCUAACUCGCUGAUUUCGAUGUAUACUCGGCUUUCUUUGCACGAAGAAGCCGUGGAAGUACUCAGAUCGAUGAUGCGGAACGGUGUUUGCGUAGACUCCUACACGGUUCCGCCUAUUGUCAAGUCUUGUUUAUCGUUGGCAGACUUUGAUUUAGGAAAGCAAGUGCAUUGUUUGGCGAUUAGCUGUGGAUUAGACGCGGAUGCCUUUGUCCAAACUGCUUUGAUGAACUUCUAUUCCGGGAGUGGUGAAUUAGCUUCUGCUGAAAAAAUCUUCAAAAUGAUGGCUACGAAGGAUCCCGUUGCUUAUAAUUGUUUGAUUUCUGCCUAUUCUAAGUCGGGCGACGUUUUAGCUGCGAGAAAGAUGUUUGAUGAAAUGCCCAAUAGGUCCACUGCUUCUUGGAAUUCUUUGAUCUCAUGUUAUGCCUGCAAUGGGGACUAUCAAGAGGCAUUGAGGAUCUUCGAAAGGAUGAAGGAUGAGAAGUGCAAUCCAAAUGAAAUCACUCUGGCUUCGGUUCUUUCCAUCUGUGCUAAGCUUGGGGACCUCAAUGCUGGGUCGAGCGCAGAAAAGUUUAUUGAUGAUAACAACCUUUACCGAAAUACGAUACUUUCUACUGCAGUUCUGGAGAUGUAUCUAAAGUGUGGGGCUGUUGAAGAAGCGCGUCGAGAAUUCGACAAGAUGAAUAAAAGAGAUGUUGUUACAUGGAGUGCCAUGAUUGCUGGCUACGCUCAAAAUGGGAGACCAGAGCAGGCCUUGAAGCUCUUUGAGAGCAUGAAGAACGAGAACAUUAAACCUAAUGACGUAGCACUGGUUAGCAUUUUAUCAGUUUGUGCUGAUUCAGGUUCUGUUAAAGCUUGUGAAGAAAUUGGCCACUAUGUAGAGAGUCAAGGCAUGGCUUCUAAUGUCUUCGUAGCAUCUGCCCUUCUUGAUAUGUAUUCAAAGUGUGGGAAUAUAAGCAAAUCUCGUCAGAUAUUCCUUAAUAUGCCCAAAAAAGACACUGUCACCUGGAACUCGAUGAUUGUUGGCCUGGCUACAAAUGGACUUUCAGAAGAUGCAUUUGCUGUCUAUAAGCAAAUGAUCAAAAAUGGAGGCCAACCCAAUGAUAUAACAUUUGUUGGACUCUUGACUGCCUGCAGUCAUGCAGGUCUUGUUGAAACGGGGCUUGAAAUUUUCAGACACAUGAAAAUUGAUCAUGAGAUCGUUCCUCAAAUAGAACACUACGCUUGUAUCGUGGACCUCUUUUGCAGAGCUGGUAGAUUGAAAGAUGCCUAUGAUUUCAUUUGUGGAAUGGAGGUAGAACCAAAUGCUGUGAUAUGGGGCUCUUUAUUGAGUGCUUCUAGAAUCUACAUGAAUAUUGAGCUAGCUGAGCUCUCAGUUAAGAAGCUGGCAAAGCAAGAUCCUGAUAGUUCUUGGUAUUAUGUUCUUCUAUCAAACAUUUAUUCCGGUACUAGCCACUGGCAAGAAGCCCUAAAUGUGCAAAAGAUGAUGAAGGAUAAGAAAGUGCAGAAAGUAGCAGCUUAUAGUUGGGUAGAAGUGGAUAACAAGCUGCAUAGAUUUUUAGUUGGUGAUACGUCUCACCCUAGAAACACUGAGGUCUAUGGUACUGUCAAUGGGUUGGCAAUGCAGUCCAGAUGGGUCAAUCAUGAUUUUGACUCUAGCCUACGACUGUAAUGUUUCUCACAUAAAACGCUUGAAGAUGCUUCAUUGAGCUGAGGUAGUUGGAGAUCUCGCUGGACGGCGACAAGAUCAUUUUUCUACACAAACAGCUCUUGCUUCCUUGUCUAAGUUGAAGAAAUAUCUGGUACUCUAGGAAAAUGAGGAACAUUGCCUAAACCUUGGAAAAAUAUUGUACAUCUGAACUUAAAGGCUGAGAUGACAGACAGGUAUGCGACAAUUGGCCCCCAAGUUUGGUACGGGAGGAAAGAAAAAGUAGAAACGUCUCUUGGUUUGGAGCACAUGAAUUGCCCAUGAAAAUGUAUUUCAAGUCACUGCUUAAUCUCAACAAGCCCUUCAUUUACGCCCGAUGGUGCAUGGUGAGGCAAUACUUUUGGCUUAUCAGAAAUAUGCCAGUGCCACUGCUAAUUGUCACAAUAGUUGGUUAGUUGCUAAAACUGAUGCUGCGUAAAGCCUGUGAAACUUAGAUUUCCAAAAUUAUUCAGGUUCAUAAUAUAUGAGCAAUCAAUCAUUUCUUGCUUACAUUUUUCGCGGAUAUGGAGCUGAAUUGCUGUGCGUUUACAUCAUAUCAGACAUAAUUCAAGAAAAUGAUCAGACUGUCAGUUGACUUGGCUUAGACCAACAAAUUGUUGAUUAUUAUUAUUAAAGCGGGUGGAAUUCUGCAAAUAUCACCUGGAAGCAGAAGUUUUGCACUUCCCUUGACAACAAGGUUCAAGUGAAAGCGAAUAUACUGAGGAGAUGGCAAAUCUGCACCUCUGCAGCCAUUGACUGCUAUGCAACGUGUUCUCAUUGGGCGGCUGAUCGAGAAAUAUGGAGAUGACUCUCAGGUUUUUCUCAAAUCAAAUAUUCAGCUACAUGAUUGUUCUGCCGUUAGUGCAACUUGUGUUGCUUAUAAUG